AGGGUCCGCGCCAGCGACCAUGGCGGAGCCCACGGUGUGCUCCUUCCUCACCAAGGUGCUGUGCGCCCACGGCGGCCGCAUGUUCCUGCGGGACCUGCGCGGCCACGUGGAGCUGUCGGAGGCCAGGCUCCGGGACGUGCUGCAGCGCGCCGGGCCCGAGCGUUUCCUGCUGCAGGAGGUGGAGACCCAGGAGGGCCUCGGAGACGCGGAGGCCGAGGCGGCGGCCGGCGCGGUGGGCGGUGGCGGCACCUCCGCCUGGAGGGUUGUGGCCGUGUCCUCUGUGCGCCUCUGCGCCCGCUACCAGCGCGGCGAGUGCCAGGCCUGUGACCAGUUGCACUUCUGCCGCCGGCACAUGCUGGGCAAGUGUCCCAACCGGGACUGCUGGUCUACCUGUACCCUUUCCCAUGAUAUCCACACACCUGUCAACAUGCAGGUGCUGAAAAACCAUGGACUUUUUGGUCUCAAUGAAGCCCAGCUUCGGAUCCUGCUUUUGCAGAAUGACCCUUGUCUUUUACCAGAGGUCUGUUUGCUCUACAACAAAGGGGAAGCCCUCUAUGGCUACUGCAACCUGAAGGAUAAAUGCAACAAGUUUCACGUGUGCAAAUCCUUUGUCAAGGGAGAGUGCAAACUCCAGACCUGCAAACGGUCCCAUCAGCUUAUCCAUGCUGCAUCCUUGAAGCUGCUGCAGGACCAAGGACUGAAUAUUCCAAGUGUUGUUAAUUUUCAGAUAAUCUCCACCUACAAGCAUAUGAAGCUGCACAAGAUGCUUGAAAAUACAGAGAAUUCAUCGCCUUCUACUGAGCAUUCACAAGGCCUUGAGAAGCAAGGAGUGCACGCAGUUGGAGCCGCAGAAGCUGGUCCUCUGGCUUCUGUCCCUGCUCAGUCAGCUAAGAAGCCCUGCCCAGUGUGUUGUGAGAAGUAAAGAAGAUGGAAAAGGAGAAAAUGUCCUUUUGGAAGGAUACAGUUGGGCAUGGGUGGUUGGGGAUGGGGUUGGACGUUGAUCAGGCAAAGAGAGGCUAAAAUUGAGUGCAGAUGGGGCCAGUCCAGGGCAAGUGCUGAAGAUGGCAGCUUCUACCUGCAGCUCCUAGGUGCUUUCCUCAGGCUGGGUGGAUGGAGCUCUGCUGACUUUUGUGGUCCACCAUAGUUUUUCUGUCAGUUUAUAUUGUGGCAAUCAUAGAGUACUUUGCACACUUUUUUUUUUUUUUACUUAAUAUUGUUUCAUAAGCAUCUUUCUAUAUUUGUUCACAUCAUACGUAAUGUUUUUGCACAGAUGCAUUAAUAUCUCAUAGUUUAUUUAACUACUUGCCUUUUUCUAACAAUUUUUUUUGAGAUGAUCUUGCUCUGUUGUCCAGGCUGAAGUGCAGUGACGUGAUCUUGGCUCACUGCAGCCUUGACUUCCUGAGCUCAGGUGAUCCUCCCACCUCAGCCUCCUGAGUAGCUGGAACUACAGGUAUGCACCACUACUGGCUAAUGUUUUGUAUUUUUUUUUGUAGAGAGGGUAUUUUGCCAUAUUGUCCAGGCUAUUAUUGAACUCCUGGGCUCAAGCACUCUGCCUGCCUCAGCCUCCCAGGGUGCUAGGAUUACAGGCGUGAGCCACUGCACCCAGCCUCUAACAAAUUUUGAAUAUAACUCCUGUCUUAAAAUCUGCAGAAUAUUGAAUUUUUCCAGCUAUUUUUUACUUUUGCUUAGCUUAUAGAUGCUAAAGGAUACUGUCAUUUGCAUUUUUAAAAAUAUAUGAGUGAAUAGUU